AUGUCAUCUUCAGGGGCGGAGAUCGCUGGCAAGAAGUUAACUCUUCGGAGCUCCGAUGGCGAGGUUUUCGAGGUGGAGGAAGUGGUGGCGCUGGCGUCUCAGUCGAUCAAGCACAUGGUUGAGGAUGACUGCGCCGACAACGUUAUCCCACUGCCGAACGUCACCGGCAAGAUCUUGUCGAAAAUCAUUGAGUACUGCAAAAAGCACGCCGAUGCCGCCUCCGCCAAAGCCGACGACAAGGUCUCCGCCAACGACGAUGACCUCAGGGCCUUUGAUGCCGAUUUCGUCAAAGUUGACCAAGGCACCCUCUUCGACCUCAUCUUGGCAGCUAACUACCUGGAUAUCAAGUCUCUCCUGGAUUUGACUUGUCAGACUGUUGCAGACAUGAUCAAGGGGAAAACACCAGAGGAUAUUCGGAAGACAUUCAACAUCAAGAAUGACUUUACACCCGAAGAGGAAGAGGAGGUCGCAUCAACUAUUGUGGUGGCGUCAAUUGGGCAGGUUGAGGCAGCAGCUGAGGCCCAGAAUGGCCUGUCCGCCUCUAUGAGCUGUCUCGAGACGGGCAUGGCCGCCAUAUUUCACUCCAUUAGUCAGGAAAUUUCUAAGUGA